GAUGCGCAGGAGAGGGUGCGCGCAACACUGAUUGCUUUCACUUCCUCAAACUGAGGUCGCGUCAAAUAAAACAGUCCUCUUCAAUUAUUGGACUCCGCUGUAGGCGGUGUUCACACCAGAGACUGUCUGAAAUUUGAGACCGACGAGCUGGCUGUAAGGCAUUCUGUCCCUCAACUUAGUCCACUCAGCAGUUUCCUGCCUGGCUCUAUCAUGUGUGAUCUCAGACAAGACGAUGAUUUGGAGACAGAUCACUCUGAGGAUUUUUCCCUGAUGAACAGUCGCCUGGACUCAUUCCGUGGCUCCAGCCUGGCCCAGCAGGUGUCCCCAGAAAGAUUGGCCAGGGCCGGCUUCUACUUUACUGGCCAUGCUGAUCAGGUCCGCUGUUUCAGCUGCCAGAAGACGGUGGAAAACUGGUGCAGGGGAGACACACCUGCAGAGAGGCAUAAGGAGGUGUCCCCAACAUGCAGAUUUCUCAGCUGCACCCACCGCACCGGUUGUAACCCGCUUUAUGAUACUACACUGACUAACGGCUCAACCUACAAUGAGGAAGUAGAGGACAUGCAAUAUCGUUUGAGAACAGGAGAGGUUGUUGAUGAGUCCACUUACCCAGUGGUCCCUCACAUGAGGAGUGAGGAGGCCAGGCUUAAGACCUUCUCCUCCUGGCCCUCUAGUGCUCCUGUGAGUCCCCGAGCUUUGGCCCAGGCCGGCCUCUACUACAUAAUGGAGUGCGACCGGGUGAAGUGUUUCUGCUGUGGUGGCAUGUUGGGCAACUGGGAAGCAGGGGACACCGCAUGGGGAGAACACAACAAACAUUAUCCCCACUGCUUCUUCAUCCUCGGGCACGAUGUGGGAAACAUCCCAUUCCAGGGGGGUAUGGAGGAGGAGUACAGCCCCAGUCAAAAUUCAAGCACUCGUGUCUCAAUGGGGAGAUUUGAGGAGAGGCUUGGUAGCUUUGCAGGCAUGCAGCACCCUAUAGACCCAGAGAGGCUUGCCAGAGCUGGCUUCUACAGCAAAGGGACUGGAGACAUGGUGUUGUGUUUCCGCUGUGGUGGAGGUUUGAAAGGCUGGCAGCCCGAGGAAGACCCUUGGGAAGAACAUGCCAAACACUACCCUGGAUGCAGCUUCCUGUUGUCAGAAAAAGGACAAGAAUUUGUCAACAACAUCCAGCUACAAGAACCUCGUCGAAACAGAGCAGCUGCAAGUCAUCAGAAUGGAUUUUCAGGAGAUAGAAAUGAGGUGCUGCGGUCUGCCAUGGCUCAGAAGGCCAUAGAGAUGGGUCUGGAUCCCAGUGUGGUAGAAAGGACCACCCUGGAGAAAAUCAGUAGGACGGGCUCCGGCUACUCCAGCCUGGAAGCACUUAUGGAGGAUUGUCUUAACAACACACCAAGGAGUGAUGCAGCUGAAUCACCGGAAGAAGAGGAGGACCCAAUGGAGAAACUACGGAAGCUGCAGAGGGAGAGGCAGUGCAAAAUAUGUAUGGACAGAGAUAUUUGCAUGGUCUUCAUUCCGUGUGGUCAUCUGGUGUCUUGUAAGGAGUGUUCACUAUCACUCCAUAAGUGUCCAAUCUGCUGUGCAUCCAUAACACAGAAGAUCAAGACCUAUAUUGCAUAAGGGAAUCACAGAAACAUGCCAAAUGCCAAUGCUGCUUUCUCACAAUCUUCAUAAUAUUUUAUUUUAUUAUUAAAUGUAGAUAGCCUGUAAAAUAUAUAUAUAUAUAAAAUCUGUACAGUCUGUGUUGCUUGUAUGCGUAUGAUGAUGAAAGAAUAUUUUCAUAGUCACUGAGAUGGUAAAUAGCUGUUGAUACUGAGAUGAGAUAAUAUUAAUAAGUGGUGUUGAUUUUCUUUAUUCUCAUUAAUGAGGUCUGAAACCUGUAAAUACACACUAAAGGAUAAAACCCAAUUUUGCAACACUAUUUCAUGCCAGAGGUGCCUUUCUCUAGGUUUAAUACUUGUGUCUCUUUUUGUUGAUUUAUUUAGUUUUAUAAACUGUUUAGUUCAUGAGGUGUAAUAUCAGUAUCAAUAUCAAUUUCUCCCCUCUCUUCUAUUUUUUCCUGCGUACUGAAUGUUUAAGACUUGGUUUUCCCAAUGGUUGCUGCUCUGUAUAGAAAUGUAUAAAGGUAAAUCCAUAAAGAGUUUGCUUUACAACUGACAAAAAUUGUUUCUAGGUUAGGGCCUGCAAUUAAUCAGUGUGGUUUGAAAUUAGUUUACUAUUCCAUCAUGCGAUCUGUGUGUGUCUUCAAGAGUGAAUAAAAUUUUAAUAACUCCA